UUGUACAGAAAGACAACAUGACAGUGUUGACGUUUACGUUAAGAUUUCUUUAGAGUUAUUAAAAAGUUUAUUGAUUCUAUAAUUCUAAAAUUAACAAAAUGUGGUCUCUAUUUAGUAGAGAUCCAGCUAAGGAUUUUAAUUAUGAAAUUGGAGAGCAGGUUGCUGGUCUGGAAGAAAAGUCUAUUUGGACAUUGCACCAGGGUAAAAAGAAGGCAACUGGUGAUCCUGUGUCCGUGUUUAUGUUUGAUGUGAAAGCUGCUAGUGAAUCUCAGUUACAAAUAGCCAAGGCAGCCUUCAAACGCAUCAAAACUCUUCGACAUCCAAAUAUUCUGACCUUUUUAGAUGGAGUGCAGACAGAAAAAGUCAUCUACAUUGCCACCGAGCCAGUCACUCCUCUUGAGACCCACUUGAAGAAUAAUGAAGGUGAUGCUAAGAAUGAGCUGGCAAUAUCAUGGGGACUUCACCAGAGUGCUAAAGGUCUUUCAUUUCUAAUCAAUGACUGCCAUUUAAUCCAUAAUAAUGUGUGUAUGUCAUCCCUGUUUGUGGACCAAGCUGGAGAGUGGAAGCUGGGAGGUGUCGACUACAUGUACCCUUCACAAGGUUCUGAUAGUCAGCCACCAAUUAAAAUACUUCCAUCACUCGACAGAUAUGACCCUCCCGAGAAAUCAGAUUCAAGAGGUGUGAAAGGAGAAAAAUGGUCACGUGAUAUGUGGGGAUUAGGCUGUCUUAUAUGGGAAGUAUUCAAUGGCACACUUCCCAGGACAUCGUCUCUCAAAGCUCUUGGAAAGAUUCCAAAGGUUCUGGUGCCUAACUACUGUGAGUUGGUGAGCGCUAAUCCAAAGUCCAGACCAAAUCCAGCCAAGUUUAUUGAAUCGUGCCGACAGAAGGGACGUUUCAUGGACAAUUCAUUUGUCACGUCCAUGUUGUUUCUUGAAGAAAUUCAGAUCAAAGAUCAGAAUGAGAAAACCAAGUUCUUCUCAAGUUUAACACCAUCACUCGAUUCCUUCCCUCCACAAUUUUGUCGCCACAAAAUUCUACCCCAACUGCUCAAUGCUUUUGAAUACAGCAAUGCAGGGUCUUCAGUAUUAGCACCGAUGUUUAAGCUGGCUAAGUAUUUGGAUCCUGAUGAAUAUCAGAAGAAAAUGGUUCCAUGUGUUGUCAAACUUUUCUCAUCCUCAGACCGAGCCACAAGAGUCAAACUUUUACAACAGAUAGAAUUUUUUGUCGAGCAUCUUCAAGUAGGCACAGUUAAUGAUCAGAUAUUCCCCAAUGUUGUCCAUGGGUUUAUGGACACAAAUCCAGUUGUGAGAGAAUCUACAAUCAAGGCAAUGGUUCAUCUAGCACCCAAACUGAAUUAUAAGAAUUUAAAUGAAGAGCUGAUGAAACACUUUGCCCGACUUCAAACAAAGGAUGAUCAGGGAGGAAUUCGAACCAAUACAACUGUCUGUUUGGGAAAAAUAGGUCAUUUUUUAAAUCCACAGAUCAGACAGAAAAUUUUGUGUUCAGCCUUUCUACGCUCGUUGAAGGAUCCUUUCCCACCAGCAAGACAGGGUGGGGUGCUUGCCCUGGCUGCUACCCAGAAUCUGUAUAGUUUAAAAGAAGUCGCAAUGCGUUUGCUGCCUGCAUUGUGCUGUAUGACCAUGGACCCUGAAAAGGGUGUUCGUGAUCAGACAUUCAAAGCUAUUAAUGGUUUUUUAACAAAGUUGGAAAAGGUGUCGGAAAAUCCAGAACUGCUCGAAGAAUUGGAGCGUGAAGUAGCUACUGGGGGAACUAUGGCUGGAGGUGCAGCGGGUUGGGCAGGCUGGGCUGUCACGGGAAUGUCAUCGCUGACCACCAAGUUCUACCAAAAAGCCACCAAGAAACCUGCUGCUGCCCCAGUCACCUCAAACCCAGUCUCAGCACCUUCCUCUGCAACCACAAGAUCAGAGGCAGAACAAAGAGUACCUCAUAAAGAGCUUGUGACCAAGGAAUUGGAGGAAGAAAAGGAAGAAGAAGAAGAAGAAGAAAACCAGACGGCUGGCUGGGAUGCAGAAGACUGGGGUGAUAUGGAGGAUUUUGGAGAUAGCACUAGGGAAGCGGAGUCACCACUUCAUAACGAGUUUGAACACAAGGAUGACGAUGAUGGAUGGGAUAACGAUGAUGAAGACUGGGGCACUAUUGAAGAUACUUUGGGUCCAGCAAAAUCAAGUUUAAGAAGCAGUGAGGCUAAAUCCGGACAUAGUGAUUUUACAUCUGACAGUUCUGGUCUGCCAUCAACGGGUGCAUACAACUGGGGUGGCACCGAUAAUUCAGAAGAUUUCUUCUCCUCAACCCUGGGAACAUCAAAGCCAACAAGACCGAGGCAGACAACACCACAAAGAACCACCACUCCACCUCAAAGAAAAACAACUCCACCCAAAGAAUCUCAAAAGAAGAUGACAACUCCAAAGCAAGACUCAUCGUCAGGUUGGGAAGAGACAGGUGGCUGGGACGUCGAUGAUGACAGUGGCUGGGGUGGCGAUGAGUGGAAUUCAGCAGACACAGCAAAGAAGAAAUCAGAUGAGAGGGAGGAGAGACGACUGCAACGACAAAGAGAACUGCAAGCUAAACGUGAGCAAAAGAAAGCAGGAGCCAUGAAAUUAGGUGCCAAGAGACUGGGUUGAACUGUAAACAUUCAUUUUACCACAAUGGAAGUUAGUCAUUUCAAGUGAAGUUUGAAAAUACAUAUGUGGAGUAAUUGCUAUGCAAAAGUUUUGAAAUAAGGUUAUGCAUCUGUGAUAAUAAAACCUUCCAUUACACUGAUUUGUGUAGGAUACAAGCCUCCUGUAUCAUAUUGUUGCUAUGAUUCACAUGGAUCGUGUCGAUGUCCAUGGUCUUAGAUCUGAAGAUUGUAUUUAUUUUAUAAUUUGUAUACAUGUGUCAACAGACCAUUCCUGUCAUAUGGUGUGAUAACUGGUAUAGAAUGUGACAUCAUCAAGUGUAGAGUGUGUUUACCAGUUAGCCAAGUACUGUUUCAAAAUGAUAGAUCGAACCAUUACAAGCAGGACAAUUAUUCUUCCAAGAUGAGAAAUAUAAAGACCGAUACGUUAGUCAGAAAAAAAAAAUUCAUGAAAGACUAAUUAUUAGUACUAGUUAAUUUUGGUAAAAAUUGGCAACAGUGUACUAUUUGGCUACUAAUUUUUACUUGGUAUAGUGUACUGAAAAUCCUCUAAACCAUUGAAAAACAUCUGACUUUAUCUAGGUGUACUGGCAACAGUUUGAGUGAUUAAUUGUUAUGAAACAAAAAACAUAUCCUUUUAUUUCAGUUGUAGAAAUGAAAUGUGUACAUGUACAACAAUCAAUCCUACAUAAACAUAAAUAUUUGAAUGCAGAAUGGAUAUGGUUUAAAACACAAAUCAAUUAUUUUAUUUAAAUUCCCUCGGAUAAUUUACUUCUGCCAUCAGUCUGAAUGAAACAUGGGUCUUACUGACCACUCUACCAACACCAUUUUCUGUUAAGAUCUCCUUUUUUUGUGAAUGGUCAUUGUGAAUACAUUUUAAUUGAUGGAAUGGAUAGGAUCCUUUAUUUAAUGGCAAAUUUUAAAUGAUGGGUAUUUGGUGUCUAUCAUAGUUAUUUUAACACUUUGUUGAGAGUGAGAGUGAGAGUUUGUUGAGAGUGAGAGUGAGAGAGAGUGAGAGAGAGAGAGAGUGUGUGUGUGUGUGUGUGAGUGUGAGUGUGAGUGUGAGUGUGAGUGUGAGUGUGAGUGUGAGUGUGAGUGUGUGAGUGAGUGAGCGUGAGUGUGAGUGAGCGUGAGCGAGUGAGAGAGACUGGUUUGUUGUUGGCUUAUGUCCGUGUGUCCUUAAAACAGCUCAGUUGCGGAUAUGGAAACCUGCAUAAUGUUAGGUGAGGUCAGUUAUUAGCUAUAACUAUUUCUACAUUUACUUGCCACACAUCUUCAUGAUUAUGGUAAAAUAUUUAUUUUCAUGGUUUGCAUAUGUGGUGCAAAACAAUAAUAUAUUCUCAGAAUUUCAUUUUCAUGCAUUCUCAAUUAAACAAAAAUAAUAUAAAACUAAAGUAAAAAUGCACUUUCCAUUGUUUUGUUGUUGAUGUAUUUAAUCUGUGUAUUAGUAUCUUAAAUGGCUUGAUCCUACACAGUGCCUGAACACAAUUUCCUUGAUGAUUCCGACUGCCAAACGUGAGAACAAAAAUUGCAUGUUUCUUCAGACAGAAUGUUAACACCAAAUGAGUUGGUCUUUGUUAACAUCCUAUACAAUACAAGACAUUUUUAACUUUGUAAGAUGUGAAUGUACACAUUGUCAAGUCUUUGCUCUUAAGUACUACUGACACCGUUCUGUAUUUAAAUAUUAAAAGUACAGUAGAAUCUCGUUGGGUCGAACUUGGAAGGGUCGAAUACACCGGCAACGCUUGAACCAAAAACACAAAGACCUGAGUUACACUUAUAGUUGUUGACCGAUUUAUUAGGUCGAACUACCGAUGGGUCACACAGUUUCUUGUGCACUGAUGGUGUUCGAGCCAACAGGAUUCAACUGUAAAUAUAAUAAGACUGGAGGAGUGUCAGAAUUUUUAAACUUUUAUUGUUAAACCUUUAUUUCAUCAGGAUCAUUAUAUAUAUAUAUAUAUAUAUAUAUAUAAUAUAAACAUGCUGCUUUUUAUUGGUGUUAUGUAAUUCACAUUUGUCUCCACAACACACACUUUUGAUUCUCGUAAACUGGUUUAUAUCAUGACAGUCCUCAAUCCUAAGCUUGUAAUGAUUGUAUAUUUUUACAUGUUAUGUCUGUAAACACAAAAACAUGCUAAAAUGUAACCUGCUUUGAUAUUCCCCUGAACAAUAUUUAAUGUUUCUACACAAUUAUUACAGAUGUAUUAAAAAUAUAUAUACCCGGUAGCUGUUAUUAACUGUUAAAUUUUGUGUAAAUGUUUCUGAAAUCUGUAGUAAAGUUAUUGGGCAGGAUCUGAAUUACUUCAUCUUAAAUCAUCAAAGUUGUGUAUCAUAAGCCAUAUAUUUAUAUAUCUUAUUUAUUUUAUCAUGACACUUUAAUAUGAUGGUCUUGGGUAAAAUCAAAACAUUUGGACAAUUGAGGCCUGCAGUAAUUAUAAAUACUUUUGUGUAGAUUUCAGAAACAUGGCAGUUCUAUAUAAUAUUAUAUGAAUCAAGUUAUUUGCAGUUAACUGUACGAAAAGACUAUUGCUUACAUGGUUCAUCAGUUAUAAUGAACUGUUUUUGGUCCCAGAUCAGAAAUUGUGGGAAAAUGUGCAAUCUUCUGAUACAUGUACCAAAAAUGUAUGAGAUAAGGUAUUAAAAUCUCAUAAAUUGUA